AACUCAACUCAACUCAACUCAACUCAACUCAACUCAACUCAACUCAACUCAACUCAACUCAACUCAACUCAACUCAACUCAACUCAACUCAACUCAACUCAACUCAACUCAACUCAACUCAACUCAACUCAACUCAGACCGACAAAUUCUUCAAUGGAAACUCUAUGGUAAACUAAGAAUCACUAGACAAGGAGUGCCUGUAUAGCUCAGCGUAUUGAGCAACUGACCCAUGUAUGGAGCUGGUUGCAGCUGGCCCGGGUUUGAUUCCCGCUUGCGGCCCUCUGCUGCAUGUCUUCCCCUGACUCUUCUCCCGUUUCCUGUCUCUCUCACUGCAGCUGUCUGAUAAAAGGCCAACAGAAACAUUUUUAAAAAGAAUCACUACACAAACCAUCAAUAUCACUGCCUUUCAUAUUAAAACUUGCCACAGUCUAACAAUAUUAAAAAUCAUUUGCUCACUACAAACACUCAACUGAUUUUAUUAUUGCCUAGAAACAAGUAACCUGAAGUGCAACUACUACCAGUGUUUAAUUUACUAAGAAAGUCUCUUCCCAUCACACUCAAAAGUGUUCCUGCAAGAAUCACAAACUAUGUUCCACAUCUGAUCCUACUUUUCUAAUGUAAGCUUGUUCAAAAAAUGAUUUAAUUAUGGGGUGCCUGAAACUCCUACAGUGAUUAAUUUAGAACUAGGAAUACUAACAUUAUCAGUGAAACAUACAGCAGAAAAUAUAGCUCCUUUAUCAAUUAAUAUCUUCAAUUUAAUUACAUAAUAAUGCACAGCAUUUCACAAGAUAGUGUAGAAAAAUAUUGAUAUUCACAACUUGUAAUAUACUUUACUAAUUUCACAAAUUGAUCUUGUUCCAUUUAUCCUGCUAUCAAUUUACUCUAUAAAUGUUAAAAACAAAUUAAAUAUUUGUAUAAUACCCUUAAACUACAGACAUUAAAAGUCUAACACUAUUUUAUUUACUAGAGACGCAUUAAUUUACUUAAUAUAGUUAACUUUUAAGAUUACAAUUAAUUUAAAUCCACCACAAAUGAAAUUUUAGUUUCUCACUAUUGAGCACACCAAUACCAAACCAUUACAUGCUGAAGUUAUAUCACAGAAAUAAUCCAUUUUAUUUUAAAAAAAUAAUUUUGAAAUGAUCCCUUUCCUUUUUACUACUGAUCAUAUUACAUUUUCAAUACAAGAAUAUUAAACUCUACUGCUUACACAAUUAAAAACAUUCCAUUCUACUGACUCGCUCCUUACUACUCUGCAAUCUUUGGCACAGUGUCUCAUUCUCCUAUACUUCCAGCAUUGUCUGCAUUUCCACUCUGUUCAGGGAACACCCUUCUGAGAAAAACAACACUGAGGCUGAUCUAUGAAUUGAAACAUAUAUUUAACCUUUGCACAUCAUUCAAUGGAAAACCACGAUCCUUGUACAUUUCCAUCAACACAUGCAUUGACUCUAUCCACAUACUACUAUGCCAUGACUGAUUUGACACUCUAUACCUCUAAAAAAUCUCAGGACAUACACUCCCUACAACUAACCCAAACACCACUGCAUUGUUGUCAUUAAUAUCACAACCCGUUCCUAACUUCCACAUUUCCUCAAACCAUUCAUUACAUAUUCACAGAGGCUCAUCAUCAUCAUCCUACACACAAACAUCAACCCUGUAAACUUUAACAAUAGAGCAUGCAUGUUUAAAUACUGCCUUUUUAACCUGCUCUGUUAACCAUGUCUGCACAUCGAGGUUGUCAGGUCACUGGACAUUCUCAGUGGGAAGUAGAUCAAAAGAUUCCUCAACCACAGACCACUCUGUUCCAAAACACACAGUGCAACAAUAACUUCAUUCUUCAUUCUGGAACCACAACAUUACACAAUAUAGCUGUAACCCACAACCAAUCAAGAUAUUUCAUCAGACUAGUGAAAGGAUCUCAUACACUAAACACUAUAUCUCUGGCCUCCACCGAGCUCCAAGCCUGACACACAGCUGUGUUAACAAUCAUGCAGUUAGGGAAAGCUGCAUUAGUUUUACAAAGCUCUGACUCCUCCAUCUGAUCACUUUAAAGACAAACACAUGAAGAACAUGCAGACUGUUAAACCUUUUUCAUCAACUCAUCAUUACUCUGUCCUUUUUCUACAUCACCAUUUCCUGAAACUGAGCCUGAUCCUGAGUCAGAUUCUGUGUUAAAUCCAGAUUCAACUUCUUUAUUCUUUAUCUUACUCCAUUCUUCCUGAAAAAGAACAAUGAUCUUAAGUUUCUCAUCUGUGUUCUUAGCUCUGACUAAUGACUGGAUUCCUGCUACACUGACCACCAUAAAUGCAUGAAAUUUAACUUUACCUGUGAAUGCAUCACACUUAGAUUCAGAUUGUUCUUUAUGAAAAUUAUUAAUUGAUUUCACAUUUGAACAACGACUCUCACCUGAUUUGGACUGAUGACAACCCAUGGUUAAUUUCUUUCACUCAACAAUACACAUUCAUAGAUAAGUGUAAUAUGACUGUGCAAUAAUAUAGAGAGAUAUGGGCAACAGCAACAAAGAGAUAUUUGCAAUAGAAUCAUAUGUUAAUUAAUUAGUGGUUGGUAGCUGCCUCAACAUCUCAACUUCUGUCUGUUAUGUCCACUGUUAUCAUUUUAUAUAUGUAUGUGUAUAUAUGUGUGUGUAUAUAUGUGUGUGUGUGUGUAUAUAUAUAUUUAUAUUUUUUUUUUUUUUGUUCAGUUAUGGUCUUAUGAUGUUCCCUAAUUUUGAUCUGCCAGUGACACUUUACACAGAAAUUAGCUGUAUGACUACAACCUAUUGUAUUUACAUGAAAAUGUACAUUAAUACAAAUUGUACCAUUUCAAAAACAAAUGAAUAAAUGGAAUGAAAUGCACACACACAGAAACAAAACCACAAUGAAGACAAACAGCAGGCACAUAGCCAUCACUCUCAACUGCAUCUAAACUCUUAUGUGUGUCAAUUUUCAAUUAUGAUCAGGGAAAAUUUCAGUUUGAUCUCUAAACAGCUUGUUUCAGUGUAUGUCACUUUAAAUAUAACUGCUGUCCACACCCACUUCAGGAAGAAAACUCUCUCUGCAUCUAUGAUCAACCACGCAGAGCAAAACAGUUGACCAACCAGCACACUGCUGAGCCAUGAAUCAGUGCAAGAUCAGGGCUUUCAGUCACUCCUAACUUUCUCUCUGAACAAUUAUUUUACCUUGAAAUAAUUGCUGAAUUCAUUUUCCAUCUGUUCAUGUUAACUCAUCACUGCACUGGGGUUGUUAGAUAACAUUGCAGUCAUAAAAUCAGUGUUUUAACAAAACAGAACAGCAGUUUGAAAACUUGCCAGUGAACUUUUUCACACUUUUCCACAGUCUGACAACAGAAAAACUGAAUAAUAGCUAAAUAAAAACAGAUUUAUCAGGAACUGGACUGCAUUAAAAUGCAUAUAUGCAUGAGCAGAGGAGAAGCUAACAUCUGCAGAUAGUUUUUAGGGUUAAAAAUUUCAAUUAAAACACAUUUUUCUGGUAAGACAUUGUUUUUUUUCUCUUGUUCCUCCACAUAGAACUACAGCCAGAUAAAACUACAUGUGUGGUCGGGUGCAGUGUCUCUUCUCUCUGCAUUAAUUUCAUUUUUCAGCUGUUCAUACAAUACAUAAUUAUAGAAUAUUAUACAAUAGGUAAAUCGCACUUGCUUUGCACAUCCACUCUAAACUCCUGACUGAGUGUGCCAGUACACAGAUGCCAUUGUUUAGUUGAGGUUUCUUAGCAACCAAAGCAACACAAACAUUGACUACCAGAAGUUUGGAGCUGCACCCUAUUUUCAGAGACAAAACUACCAUUCAUCACUCAGAUAUGUUUACAGCACCAGACUCCCAGGGAACGACAGGAGAAAGGAGCCACAAUCAAAUAAAUCAAGACCCAUUCAACACUGAAUUUACCAAGACACUGACAAAAAGCAGCCCACGCUUUGGGGCCUUGAGUCACCACUCAUUCUUCUCCCAGCACAACCCUCAUCCACACCGGGUGACACAUAUUCAAGGACUCAAUGGCAGGCCAAUUUGCAUGGUACGAGAUGACUGGUGUGUCACCUCAUCAUUAUUUCCUCAUCCACAUCUCAAGAGCCACGUCCUCAGGAAAUCACCCGGGCCCGCUUUGACCUUCCCACUCACUCAAAACCUCCAUGCAGUCAGCGGAAACAAUAACAAAUCAGCACUGUUUUCAGAAGCCUGGAGGGAUGAACUUAAAGAACUUGUUGCAAAAGUCAAUCUGUCUUUUCGAGCACAAUUGGGAAAAAAUGAGGACCAACCUGAGGAUGAAUUUGUGCACCAAAAGACUCAGUAUUCAGCUGAUACUGGGAGAAUCAUCCCUCUAUCCAGCAAGUCUUACCUGCACAGAUCUCAUUCCCAGCACCUAAAGUAUCCUCAACCCUUCCAGGAUCAAGAACUCACGGUUUUGGAGCUGCUCUGUCAGAUCCUGCAGACAGACUCGCUGUCCACAGUGCAGCAGUGGCUUCUGCUUGCAGGCCAAAGAGAGAAGGACCUUGUGAUGGGAGCUCAGACGAGCUCUGGGACGCGUCGACCUCUCAGGCCGUCGUAA